UGUUCAACAAGUAGAUAGGAGCAACAGUUGCCAAUUGCGGAGAACGGCAGACGCAGAACGCAGAACGCAUUCGAAAACGGAAAGUGAAUCGUAUAAAGAAGACAGCACGACGCUAACAGCCCGCUAAUCCCAAGGAUAACACUCAGUACGCACACCAGCACAAACCGGGAUAGAGUGAGAUAGAUAUAGUCAAACAUGAAGUUGAAUAUGCUAACGCUCGGCAUGCUGGCUCUGACGAUCCUGGCCAACUCGCAGCAUGUCCUUAGCUUUCUGACGGACCAAGCGACGUCUCUCAAUGGAGUUGGAGCAGCUACACUUGCAGCACAACAACAACAGCAGCAACAGCAGCAACAGCAACAGCAGCAGCUAGCCGACCUCUUUGAUGGAGUCGGAGUCGGAGCUGGAGUUGAUGCCGACGAGGACAGCAGACAGCAGCUGAACAUAGAGACGCAGCAGCAGCGCAAUGUUUACGAUCCAGGAGAUGAACUGCUGCGUGCGCUGAACAUGGAGUUGGAAUCGGAACGCGAACGGGAACGUGAAACGGAGCGGCAGCCUGACUACGGCACUGCCGUGGAGCUGGCCAGUAAAUUUGACAUGCUUAAGAAGAUAGAGCAGGAUUUACGCGCUGAGCAGGAACUAGUCGACAAAUCCGCUUUGCUUAUGAAAAUGUUAGAGGACCCGACAUUGGAUACGCUGCCAUUGGUCUAUGUGGAGGAGGAGGAGCCGACAGCAAUUGCUGCCGAGGACUACCCGGAGCUGGAUAAUGGCAUACAGAACCUGAUUGUCGGCCAGAAUAAGCCAAAACGUUCCCGUUAUUAUCGUCGCUAUCCCUGGAAGCGACACAAUCGCAAUCGCGGGUAAGCUUUUGUCAGCCCUGGUAGCACACAAGCAGCACAC